AUGGCCAUCUCCAUCGCAGACAGUUCCUAUAGCCCCACGAGGCAUCUGGGUCUAAUUCUGGACCCGGAAAAAGCCAAACCUCGUCCCAAACAGAGCAUGUGGCAUCGACUCGGUCUUCGACGACUGCUAGGCCGCGAUGAUCGCGAUUUAUCCUCCCGCUCAUCUUCCGGUGACUCCUCCUCACCCACCACGAAUCCUCCCGCCGCCGCCGCCUCUUCCUCCUCCUCGAAACCCCACAAUAAUCUAACCCGCAGACUGUCUCGUCGUGUGGGCGUCGGUCUACCCCGAUCCACCACUUUCAAGCGACAGGACUCUGAAAGACGAGAUCGUUUAGCCCCUAUCGAACCAGAGCCCCGUCGUGCCGUUUCCGCCGACCGCCAUCGCCCGCUGAGCGCCCAGCGGACCAGGUCUCCACAACCCACCGUGGACCCCAGAUUGUCGGCGCCCGAGGUUCCAUGGCACGACCACGCGGAAGAACCCACGGUGGAGGAACCUCCCGCGACGAAUGAAGAGAGCGAGGUCAUGUCGGAAUGGAAUCCCUACCCCGACACCACGGACGUGCCCGAGGAGCCACCCCAGCAGCACCAGCACCAGCAGGAGGAGGAGGAUGUGGUCGAGAUGGAGCUGGAUAAACGAUGGAUUCUGAAUUUGAGUAUGCAUUUCCGAGACCGGUCGGAACGCGAGAAAUUUUUCGUCACCUACGCCGAGGCCCCCAACCGAUGGCGCAGGGUGACCAUCUCAUGCGACUACCGGGAUGCGGCCCCGGAUUCACUGGAGCAGGAUCUUAAGGAAUUGCGCUACCAACGAGACAAGUGUGCUCGUAUCUACGAGUCUAUCCGCGAAUCGCUCCCGGAAAUCCAAUUCUACGAUACCGUGACGAAUCUCAAACUGGAGACCCGUGACGGCCGGCUCCAUGUCCAUGUCACCGAGGAUGUCAACGAAAUCAUCCCCUAUCCCCCGAUCUCCUGUAUUGGACAUUUGCCCGAGGCUCGCCUGGUUCCCGAGUACCAGCUGCAUUUUGAGGCCCACCUGUCGGGCUUCGUCUAUAAUGUGCAAAGCGGUGGCAAGAAUUGCAUCAAGAAGGAGAUUCCCGGCCCGGAUACAGUAGACGAAUUUCUUUACGAGAUUAAUGCUCUCCACGCCCUCAAGGGGUCCCCUAACGUCAUCCAGGUGGAAGGAAUCGUCGUCGACGACCAAGAAGAUGUCGUCAAGGGACUCUUGAUUAGUUAUGCUGAGCAGGGAGCGUUGGUCGACAUCUUAUACGAACAGAGAGGGACGAUCUCAUGGGAGCGGCGAUUGCGGUGGGCCAAACAGAUCGUUCACGGACUCGGGGAGAUCCACGAAUCUGGAUAUGUGCAGGGCGACUUUACGCUGUCGAACAUUGUGGUGGAUGCCAAUGACGACGCGAAGAUCAUCGACAUCAACCGGCGGGGCUGUCCUGUCGGCUGGGAGCCCCCGGAAAUUGCCGCAAAGAUUGAGAGCAAUCAGCGCAUUUCCAUGUACAUCGGUGUCAAAACCGACCUCUACCAGUUAGGAAUGACCCUGUGGGCGCUGGCCACGGGGGAGGACGAGCCCGAACGGCAGCCUCGCCCCCUGAUGCUGGGCGAGGAUAUCGAGGUGCCGGACUGGUAUCGGAGAGUGGUUUCUAUCUGUCUAAGUCCUUCUCCUCGGCAUCGACUUUCCGCCAAAGAGCUUCUGGACUUCUUUCCCCGAGAUAUGUCUGCAGUGGCGUCCACUGUACCCUCGACGCAUCUUCCGCACGCAGGUCUCGGCGUUGGGCUGCAUCACAGCUCCUUGCCUCUGUAUAACGCUCGCGCCAUUGCUGCUCCUUCAACUUUCUUCGGCUCAAGCCCGAGGUCAUCAUAUCAGCAAUUUCAAAAUCAUUAUACGCAUAUUCCCGUCGAUGAGGCUCAUUUCUACAAUAAUCGCUCAGCGUCUCUACAACCGCGCUCUGAAGGAGAUAGUUACCAUGAACAGCUCGUCACCACCGAUGAGCCUCCGGACCUUAUGCAAGACUAUGAGCUUGACAACCAACCGCAUGGCCUUGCGCAAUACCACGACCGACAGCAAUACCUCGACUCGCAGGGCACUGAGGUAUAUCCCCCCUAUUCGCACCCUCCUAUAGAUAUGGACGCCCAAAUGCCUCGCGGCCACCCCCCUGAACAUGAUGGAGCAGACAAUAUCAGCCUGGAUGCCUGCGAGACGUCUUGCUACCCACCAAUUGACCAAGAGGCGGAUUCAUUAUCUUUCCAGAUCGACCAUUUCCCACAAGAGCUCGCCGGCGUCGGCGGACAUCCGGCUUGCUCUGUGGGAAGCACUAGAGAGCCCUCCUCGCAUUCCAUUAACUACCAUACCUCUUCUGCCUCAUCAGCCACCACCCAAUCUACUCAUCCGCGCUCACCUCACAUAGCCGACCUGGACCAUCCCUACUUAACCAGUCAGAACUGGUCCAGCCAAGUAUCUACGACAAACUCCGUGUCUUCCCUCCUUCAUUCCGUCUUACCAAUCAACCCUGCUUCCACUCUGUCGAAGCCAAAACCGGUGGAGCCAAACACCGAUCGAUUAUCACAGUUAGCCAUGCGCUCUGCCUUUGGUUACCCCAGCAGACACCUCCAAGAGCAAACACCCUAUCUCAGCGACUCUCAUCUUCCCAUCAAUCCAGCAUUUGCCGAGAAAGCCUUGAAAUCCUUAUGA